GGCGGGACCUCCGGGUUCCCGCGCGCAGGCCGCAGCGGCUCCUGGUUUCCUAGUGGGCCCCGCGGCAUUUCCGCUACUCUCGGCCGAGAGGGACCCACAGGUCUCGUCCCGCCGCUGGGCCGCGCGGAGCUGACCGCCUGGCGGGAUGCGGCCGUCCCCGGGGACGUGCUGGCUGCUCUUCUGGCUGCCGCCGCUGGCCGUGCUGCCGGCGGACGCGGUGCGCGGCGAGGAGGACGAGGCGGCGUUGUCAGUUGCAAGAUGUAAAGCUUUGAAGGAAAUGGAUUUAAUUAAAACAUCUCAGUCAGACUGUUACUGCUACAAUCAAAAAUCCCAAGUGAAAUGGAAGUAUAUAUGGUCAACUGUGCAGGUGAAAAUUACCAGUUCAGGCCUGCUCAGUAUUGUAUAUAUCACAGAAAGAUACAAUUGCCAGUAUCCAGAAACCAUUCUGUCUAUUAUCAAAUGUGUGAUUCAUAACCUUUGGACACCAAAGGAGUCUAAUGAUAUAACCAUAACCAUCAAUCCAUAUCGGGAGACUGUGUGCUUCUCUGUGAAGCCUGCCAGGAAGAUAUUUAUCUAUACCGUAAGAGUGAAUCGAAACAUUGUGGAUUUCAAACUCUUCCUUGUGUUUGUGGCGGGCAUUUUCCUCUUCUUUUAUGCAAAGACCUUGAGUCAGAGCCCUGUUUUCUUUUACUCUUCGGGGACUGUGCUAGGUAUUCUAAUGACAUUAGUCUUUGUCCUGUUGCUGGUGAAAAAGUUCAUUCCUAAGUAUAGCACGUUUUGGGCUCUAAUGGUUGGUUGUUGGUUUGCUUCAGUUUAUAUUGUGUGGCAACUGAUGGAAGAGCUGAAGUGGCUGUGGUGUGAAAACAGAAUAUAUAUAUUAGGCUACGUCUUGAUAGUUGGGUGUCUCAGCUUUACUGUUUGUUACAAGCAUGGGCCCCUCGUGGAGGAGAGGAGCGUGACCCUCUUGGCGUGGGCGCUGCAGCUCCUCUCCCUGCUCCUGGUCUAUGCUGGCGUGGCCAUUCCUCAGUUCGCCUAUGCAGUGAUGCUCCUCACCCUGUCGUCCAAGAUCCUGCACUACCCACUGAGAGCACUCGCUUACGUGAGAUGGAAAAUGAAGAAAUGGUUUACAUCAGAAAAGCCGGUGGUUAAGUUUCUUACUGAAGACGAGUACAGGGAACAAGUCGAUGCUGCGACGACCCGCGCCCUGGAGGACCUGCGCCAGGCCUGCCGCAGCCCCGGCUUCCCAUCCUGGCUGGCCGUGUCCAGGCUCCGGGCGCCUAAAACGUUUGCAGACUUUGUUCUUGGAGGAAGCCACUUGUCGCCUGAAGAAAUUAGGCUGCAUGAAGAACAAUAUGGCCUUGCGGGUGCCUUCUUGGAAGAGCAGCUCUUUAACCUGAGGACUCCUGACAGUCUGCCUGUACACUGACUUCAUUCUGGACAAGGAAGUGGGGAAGGGCAGGGAUCCUAUUAAAGGGUUGCCAGACCUUCCGAGUUAUCUCCAGAGUGGCACUCAUGAUUCACAGAGCAGCAGGAGUUUGAAGGCGCUGGAUUUCUAUGUAUCUGGGAAUAGCUAGCGAUCCUAAAUGGAACUGCAACUACACAGGGUGAGUAUCAGGCACACAAGGUAAGGGUUCAGAAUGGCCGGGGCUGCUUUCAGGCUUGUUCUACCACAACAGAAGCAGAGGGUGGCCUCCCCGCCUCCUGGGGUUGGAGAAGGUCCUGGGUGGACCUGCACUUGGGCAUCAGGCGGGUCUGAGUUUGAAUUCUGGGACUGUGACCUUGUUCCCGUAACGUAAGCCGAGUUCAGCUCCAAAAUCCUCAUAUUUAAAGAGGGGGUAGUGAUAUGUAUUACAGUGUGUUGUUGUUAGGACAAAACGAUGAUGUCAUCAGCACACACCAAGCACCCAGUAACAGUGGGUGUGGCUCCCUGUUUCCUGGAAUCAUUGCUUAUCUCCAGAUUGGCUGCAAGGAAUACCACUUAAAUAAUGGUCUCAGCACCACCAGUAGCCUCCACGCCCAGCAGUCCUGGAGGAACGGCAAAUCAGAGGGGAGCGCUUAGCCGACUGUCUGCUUCCUGUGGCCCGUGACAAGACUAAUAAUAAGCCAGUAAGGCAGCGAUAUUCUUCCUGUGAAUUCCUUAGGCUUUUCAUGAGGUUUAUUGGCUGGUGGAGGUAUGUGUGUUAUUGUCAUCUAUUAUUCUACUUAAGGCCUUGAGUAAUAGUUUAAUAAUCAGUAACUAACCUCUUUGGAUCCACGUGAGCUCAGCGCUUUGCGUAAUUCACUUUUUCUACAAUUAUGGGGAAAAGCAUAUGAAACAAGUCAUUAAGGUCGUGAUUACCAACCUGGGCUUUGUGACCUCCCUGGGUAUUUCCAGGGGAUCUCAAAAGGGAUUAGAAAAUUCUCAAAUCAAAAUUUAAUUUGAAUUCACUUUAAUUUUUUUUUUUUAAAUGGCACUUUGAGGACAGGAGGAAGUCACAAAGUCCACAAACCCAUGAAGGUGUCUGCUCUCAAAGUCUGGAAAUUACUGCACUGUUUAAUCACCUCUCACAGUAAACGUCUCAUAACAAAGGCCUGUAGAGUUUGAUCUCAUUCAUUACAGAGUGAAGGACUUUUAUUUGUUUGGUCACAUCGUUAUCAUUUAAGAAAUACUUAAAAAUGGUAUUUAUUUUUAUUUCAACAUGUCAACUGUGCAUUUCCAAAACAGCAGGCUUUUCAGAGGAAUAAAUCAGAACUGUAAACACAAGACACAGUAGAAGUUUUUUGACUUCCUACAGUCAGUUUCACAAAUCCACAUACUGUACAUUCAUAGGUGAGGUUCAGCCUGUCACCCAUUUCUUUAUUUCUAUAAUUACAUAAGCAUAAUAAAUACAUCUGAUUUUUAAAGGUCACUUAAAAUGAGUCAUGAUAAUUUACAGUACAGUACAUUUCAGUUCAAGUGCAAAAAUAACUAUUUGCUUAAUUCUAUUUCUUCCCGUUAUUUUGUUUUUAAGCUGUGUUCUGUGGUGAAGCUAGAUAUCCGAGUGUAGACUUUCUUCUUCCAGAUGCAGUUGUGGGCAGAAGUACUGUAUCAUGGAGAAGUCCUCACUUUAUAAUUGGUCCUGCCUAAUCAGAGUCAGAGAGUAAGGUGAGUUGCUCAUUUUUAACUCUGUUCUUUUCUUUCCUCUCUCCUGUACUCAUCCACAGUAUCAUACACACUAUAUAAUUGACCUUCCUUCAGCUAAAGCAAUGUUCCCUUGUCCACAGCCCUCCCCCAAGGCUUCCUAUAACCUCAGCUUUCAUUUUUAGCAGCAAGCUUUAUGCAUGAGUCACCCGGCCAUUGUCGACUGUAGCUGUAAUAUUUACAGUAGCAUGCCUGUAUCUGAACUGUCCAGUGUCUGACUAUGUCUUCGUGGGAAAGAAUAUACUGAGAAUUUUUUCUUUAGUCAUUGGAAAGUGUACUUACUUCUUAUUUCUGUCUUUUUCAUUCCUGGUUUCCUAUUCACCACCUUUUCCCCUCACCAAAAACAAAACAAAACUGAACCAGUAUGUAAUUUUUAAAAAUUGUAUCCCUUCCCUAGGCACUUAAAUCUUAUACUGUUAUUUGUAAGUAGUACUGCUUAAUUAAAGAAACCCUUAGGAAUUCAGUGAUUUUGUGUGUUUGUUUUAGUCCAUCAGCUAAUUAGAGCCCACAUCACUAUAAAGUUGUAAAUAGUGAUAGAGGCUAUUUACAGUAUCAAUAUAUUUAGUAAACCCUUGUCUAUCAAGCCACAGGAUACUAAGUUGGUUGGUUGAUUUCAAAUAUUCCCUCCUCUGGUCUUAAAGCCCAUUUAAAACAAAAGGCAUUUUAAAGCUCAGCUUAGCUUGCAGUAGUCAGUAACAGCUUUUGCCACUCAAAGAAUUGACUAUUUUCAUUUUACACCAUACCCAUAUAAAAAUAUAUUUGCUAGAGAUAUGCCAAGUUUCUGAUGAAACUUUUUCCUUUUUUUUUAAACAAAAGCAUAGAU